CGGAUCCCCUCCCGACAAUUCUUUCCUCAAGAGCACCCUGGCAGGUUUUUCUUGACUGUCCUGGAGAUAUUGCAGACCGAGACACAAGGCUCCAAAAUCCAGUUACCCUCCGAAACUAUGGCUCCCGGAUUGGACCGAGUGAGAUUGCCAAAUUUAACGGCCGGAAGAAAGGAUGUGCGCAAAGCAUCCUCGGCUUGUCUCACAUGCCGCAAGAAGAAGGUCAGAUGCUCUGGAACCAGCCCCUGCCAGUACUGCGUCAAGCGCGGUUUGGACUGCAUUAUUCGUGGACAAUGCCCCAAGAGGGUGUUCCUAGCCAGUCGGGUUGAGGAACUUGAAAGUCGUCUGGCCCAGUACGAAAAUGUCGACAAGAACACAACAUCAAACACUCAAGAUGAUUCUCCUCAAGGUGCCGCCGCAAGUGCACCAGCUAUCACCCAGACGGUACCGUUGUCGCAGCGCCCCCAACUAUCGCCACAGACAGACCCUGGGCGAGGCAAUACACCGCCAAGAUCACCCAUCUUACAUGGUCCCUCUCCCAGCUUCUCUGCCCCUUCAAUGAGGAAUGGCCCAACGCAGUCAUCGCCGGCUUCAACCAUCCCCGUUCCUGCGUCUAUGAGUUCCAGUCGUAAUUUUUCAUCCAUGGUACAAGAUCUUUUGUCACCCCAAGGUGAUGGCAGCAAAUCCUCCAGGACUCCAUCAUCCAACCAAGCUAAGGAACCAACCAUGGACCCUGCUCCGUUGCGGAUCUCCAGCCAAGAUUUCCCAAAUCUACCCUCGCACCAGGAAGCUCAAAGACUUUUAGAGACUGCCAUGUUCUAUAUUGGACACACUCAGCAUCACAUAGAUGCGCGGGAUUUUUCAGACCGGUUAUGGGUCUUCUACGCCAACAGAGAUGACCCGAACCAACUCGCUUCCCCUUGGUGCCUGGAGAUGAUGUUGGUGAUUGCGAUCGGCACCCUUUUCGAUGCCAACCCCGAAGGGAACGGUGAGUUCUCUGGGAUCGAGCUAUUCGACUACGUCCACAAGAACCUACCAACGCUCAGCGAGAUGCACUCGUAUGGGAAAAUUGGCGUGGAAAUUUUUGGCUUGUUCGCAAUUUACCUGCAGAACUUCCACAAGAGGGAAGAAGCCUACCUUUAUAUAAGCACCGCAUUGCGAUUAGCAAUUUCACACAAGUACCAUCAGGUUUCUGGAACCAAGCAUUUGAUGAAGUCCGAAAAGGUGCAUUUGACUCGUCUCUUUUGGACGAUUUACAUGCAGGAAAGGCGAUUAGCAGCUGCAACUGGGAAUCCGUCUGGCAUCAGAGAUCAGUCGAUCGAUGUUGAACUACCAACGAACUCUCCUGGGUUCGCACCCGCAGGUCCUAUAUGCAUUAACAUCAAGAUCGCUAGAGUCACUGGUCGGAUCUUAUCGGUUCUUUACGGUCCAGACCUUCAUACCGAGGACACCUUUGUUCCAAACGUCCAGGAGAUUGUGAAAUCCCUAUAUGAGAUAUCACAGGAGAUCCCAUCCGAUACAGCCAAAGAUUUUCAGGGCAUGGGCCCUGAUCUAUGCUUAAGAACGACGGGAUCCCUACAUCUCAUGCUUUAUCAGGCUACGCUUCUCACUCUUCGGCCUAUUAUGCUACAUAUGGCAAAACUUGUUCUUCGAGGCGAGGGUCCAAGUAGUCCAGGUCAGAAUACCUCGCAACUCGAAAGACUAUCAAGGACCUGUUCAGAAGCGGCUCGGAGGUUGUUGAAGGUCGUUUGUUCCCUUCGAAAUCGAAAUAUCCUCGCGAUUCAUGGUUUCUUUGAUUUCGACGCGGUUUGCUCGUCAUCUUUCAUCAUGAUUCUGGUUGCGAUUUUAGACUCGGUUUGUGACGAUGGCCAGAAAUUUAGCCCAUCUCCCGGCCUUCCAGAUGCUUUGGAAACCAUGCAGUACCUCGCCGACAACGGGAGCAAACAUGCUGCUCAGAGGAUAAAAGACUUGAGAGGCAUUUGCAGACUCAUGUCUCACAAAAUCCAGUCCCUUCAGGCGAUGAACAACUCUCCCAACACGGGUGAUGGCUCCAAUGGGAACUUCAACAACUAUAAUGUUCUCAAUGGCACAGCUGCAACCCCAGGAAACCAUCGAAACCUGGAAACGGGAGACCAACUAGGCGGUCUUGAAAACUCGGCGCAAGGCCAGCAACUGCGACUAGACGAGACUCCAGGCCAAGACAUGCAACUCGAACCAGACCUGUGGGACAAUUUUGCGCACAUCUGGAUUCCUCCAACGGAUAACAGGGGUGAGAACAUCUACCAGGAUGUGUCAAUGGUAGACAUCUCACCAGAUGAGUACUACAAGUGCUACUUCUCAAUGUAUAACAAUGCCGAUUGGAGCCUCACAGGAGAGGAAAUGGGUGGUUUUGCCGAAUUGGGCCGGCACAUCCAGGAUGUUUAAGCGUGGUAAAAAGUGUUGCAAAAAUGGCGUUUGGAUAUUGGUCAGAAAGUAUCCUCAACGAUGCAAAAGUAGAUUCGUGGUCCUUUUUCUUGAUAUCACAUAUUGAUUCCGGCUUACGUAUGGCCCAAAAUAAUUCUAUCAACAGAAAACUCACCAGAAAACUCACCAGAAAACUCACCAGAAAACUCACCAGAAAACUCACAUUAUA